AACCUUCUCUUCCUGUGUUUCCUCCUCUCAGGUCACCGAUCUUCAGUCUCAGCUCCGACAGCAGACAGACACGUCAGACGGCCUCUCAGAGCAGCUCCAGACUGUGAGGACCCGCCUCCAAGACCUGGAGAGCCAAUCGGAGGAGAAGACCAGCUCCAUCAGCAGUUUGACGCAAGAGAUGGAGCGUCUGAGACGAGAAAUGAAGGUGGAGGGAUGAACCUGAACUUGUUUAGUUUUCUUUAGUCUCUAACGAUCUCCUACCCAAACUUCAGAUCUUCACACAGACUGAGGAACAUUAAAACAUGAUCCAGAACAGUAACCAGCAGAGAACCUCUGAUCUUUGUUUCAGGACGAGGAGGAUCGCAGCAGCAGCGUUUUCCACGCCACCAUGGAGGAGCUGAAGAAGGAGAGUCAGGCGGCGCUGGAGAGAGCGGCUCAGAAAUCCCAACAGAUCCAGGAGCUGCAGGGAGAAAAGGCGGAGCUGGAGGAGAAGCUCCAACACAGGUAGACUGAACUACGGUGGCCUAGAAGGUUCUCCUGACGGCUGAAACGUCACAAACUCUCUGACUCUGUCCGUCCUCCUCCUGCAGUCAUGACAGGUGUGUCCAGCUCACUGAGGACUUAGCCAAUCAGAGGGCAGAGCUCUGCUGCCAGCUGGAGAGCGUGAGGGCGGAGCUUGAGUCAGAGGGCGGAGCUCUGCGGAAUAGACUGAAGGAGAUGGAGGAGAGGAGGAGGAACGAGGAGAGGGAGAGAGAAGGUGAGGAGAGAAAGGAGAGAGAGUCGAACAAACACGUCAAAGUGUCCUCUGUUACUGAGACUGUGUGUGUGUGUGUGUGUGUGUGUGUGUGUGUGUGUGUGUGUGUGUGUGUGUGUGUGUGUGUGUGUGUGUGUCAGAGAAAGACCAGCUCCUGGAGGAGACGCUGAGACAGACGGAGGCUCUGAGGAAAGGUAACUCCAUCAUCACUAACCUGAUGUUCCUCCAACCGUCUGAGCAGAUCUGAAGUUUGAGUUUCUCUCCGUCAGAGCUGGAGCGUCUGAGGGAGAACCUGGAGAGGGAGGAGGAGGAGGAGGAGGAGGAGGAGGAGGAGGAGAAGGAGAACAGGGAGGUGGAGGACAGGAAGCUGCCCAUGGUGGAGGAGCUGAAGGAGGAGAUCCAGAAACUGCAGGAGAGGAGGGAGAGAAAAAAGGAGGAGGGGAGGAGCAGGAGGAGGAAGAGCCGGGAGUUUGAGGCUGUGAGGAGAGAGAUGGAGAGACUGCAGAGACUGAAGGAGGAGAAGAAGGAGGAGGCGCACCUGCAGAGGAGCACACAGGUGAGACCUUCAUCAUGGAAGAGUGACCUCCUGAUCAUCAUCAUCAUCAUCAUCGUUAUUGAGACUGAGUGUGUGUGUGUGUGUGUUCAGAGGUGCGGUGGGCGUGUCCUCACAGAUCAGGUUUCUCCUCUGAGAUCCAACAUGGCCGACAGGAAGAAGACCCCCAAAACUUCAGGGAGGAAGAGGAAGAGCUGCGAGGUUCAGGUGACGAAGAUUAAAGGAGCAGUUCACUGUUUUCAAACACACACCUGUGGGUCAUUGUCUGACGAAGGUGUGUGUGUGUGUGUGUGUGUGUGUGUGUGUGUGUGUGUGUGUUUCAGGGUCUGGUGUUCAGUGAGAACAAGAGGAACCGACUGAGAAACACGAGAAACGACCAACAGGUGAGAAACCGUCUCGGUGGAGAACAGGUACACUCGCCACCACAGAGGUCACAUGACUGAACACACACACUGAGCAUGUGCAUGCUGCUGUAGAUCUCUGCACUCCUGUUAGUGGAGGCGGAACAGAUGGCGACCCCCUAAGCUCCGCCUCCUCUCCUCUCUGAUGGUCUAAAUCCAAACGUUUCUCCUCAGUCGUGUUCGGUGUCCAAGGAGAAGAGAGACGGAGCUCUGCAGAAGAUCGGAGAGCUGAUCCAAAGUUCUCCCUCCAUCCUGGGCAGCAAAGGUGAGACACUGAUGUAAUCCAGGAGUCUGUGUAGGUCCUGGUCCAGGUCUUUGUAGAGAGGGCAGCUGGACCGGUUCUUCAGGUUCUUGGAGAUGUUUCACCUCAGGCAGAACGUCCCCAAGAACCUCAGGGAAGCCUCAUAGUUAUUUCCACCAUCAAACAGGAGAUAGAGAAGCUCUGAAGAAACUUUGAUAUUGAUCUAAAGUUUAUUGAUCAGUAUCAGUGAUGAUCAGCUGUGGUCAAUAAUGUAGAGUAGCGAGGACAGAGCCCUGAGGAACUCCACGUCUCCGUUUUAUUAAUGAUGCAGUGAACUAACGAGAGUUAGACCUCACAGUCAUGAUUCUGUUGUUGUUGCACUGACAGUGUGGGCCAGCAGAGGGCGCUGCUGCUCAAACUCUGACCUCACUGAUGCUCUGAUAGUUUAACUCCAAACCUGUAAACUUCUCAAACUUUUGUCACUUUUAAAAACUUUUUAAUAAUCAAUCAUUUUAUUUUUUCUCUCUGCAGCUAAAACCAUCCUCAGUCUGGUCAGUGGACCUGAGGUCGUUACCGCGGCAACCAAACCCAAACGAGGGCGGAGGAAACUGUUUAAGAAGGACGCCGGGUCGCCCAUGUUCGACUCCCCAGACGUGGUGAGAGACACACACACUGUGCUUGAGUUUGUAUCUUUGUGAGGACCACAGACAGAAUCAGUGUCAGUGAGGACAGAGAAAGUGCUGACUCAGCACUGAUGACUGCAGUACCACAAACAACCACCAGGGUCCGUUUACUCAGACAUCGUUCUGUUUCAGACCUCGGGGGCGGCGGCGGAGGAGAAGGAGAGCGCCCACAUCAUCAUAAAGAGGCAGCUACGAUCGAAAACCUGCAGGAAGUGAUGAAGAGGAGGAGGAGGAGACCUUCAUCUGUACAGUUUCUUCUUUUUUAGUUUGAAUGUCAGGACUUUUUUAUUUUCAAUAAAGAUGUGGGAGAACAGCUGAUCAAUCUUCAUCUCACUUUAUGAGAAUAAAAACGAUUCCCACU